CUACAUGCUCGCACGGCCGCACACACCAUCAGCGCCGCUCCCCUCCCCGUACUCCCACCACCGUGGCUUUUGGCGAAGGCGCCGGUGAUGGCGGUGCGGGUGGCGGGCGCUCGCUCGCUCCUCCUCCUCCUCCUCCUCCUCCCCCCACACUCCAUGCCCCCACUGCCAAAAAUAGAUGGGAUUCGCCUCGCCUCUGGUUCGCGCUCCACCACGCUCCCCCCUCCGGCUCCGGCUCGCCGCCCUCAGCCCGCGCGCUGGCUUCUGGUGCCGGCAUUGCGCGCCUCCCAGCACGCGCGCGCGCGCACCGUAGAUCGAGGCGUAACGCGCCGGGCUCGGGCAGUUCCCCGCUGCCGCGAGGCGAUCGGCGAGCGGCCCAAGGCAAGGAGACGCCGCCCGCCGCCCCGCCUCCGGCCGCCGCCGACACCGGAGAGGACGAUUCGGCUCUUCCCCACCGAUCGUGCAUGAUCCGGCUCUCCCGUGCGUGACCCCAUGGCUGGCGCAUUAAACAUUGUUGUAGGUUCCCAUAUAUGGCUGGAGGAUAAAGAUUUAGCUUGGAUUGCUGGCGAGGUCUUCCGAAUUGAAGGUCGAAAUGCCCAUGUCCGCACUACCAACGGAAAGACGGUUACCGCGAACAUAUCAGACAUUCAUCCAAAGGACACAGAAGUUGUAUCUGAUGGAAUUGAUGACAUGACACGACUAUCAUACUUGCAUGAGCCUGGUGUUUUAGACAAUCUCGCUGUGCGAUAUGCCAAAAAUAUAAUUUAUACCUAUACUGGUAAUAUUUUGAUUGCAAUAAAUCCAUUCCAAAGGCUGCCUCAUAUUGCUGAACCCCGUACUAUGGAGAAAUACAAAGGUGCAAAUUUUGGUGAGCUUGAUCCUCAUGUAUUUGCAAUUGCGGAUGUUUCUUACAGGCAGAUGAUUAAUGAAGGAAAGAGCAACUCCAUUUUGGUGAGUGGUGAAAGUGGUGCUGGUAAAACUGAAACCACAAAGUUGCUUAUGAGAUAUCUUGCAUUUUUGGGUGGACGAUCUAAAACUGGAGCGAGGACAGUUGAACAACAAGUUCUAGAAUCUAAUCCAGUCCUUGAAGCAUUUGGCAAUGCAAAAACUGUUCGGAACAACAACUCAAGUCGAUUUGGAAAAUUUGUUGAAAUCCAAUUCGACAAGAGCGGGAAGAUAUCUGGUGCAGCCAUUAGGACAUAUUUGCUUGAGAGAUCUCGCGUUUGCCAAAUCAAUAGCCCGGAGAGAAAUUAUCAUUGUUUUUACUUCCUAUGUUCAGCACCAUCAGAGGAUAUUAAAAGGUAUAAGCUGAGUGAUCCUUCAUCAUUUCACUAUCUCAACCAAUCCGCUUGCAUUAAAGUUGACGGAAUUAGUGAUGCUGAGGAGUAUCUUGCGACAAGAAGUGCCAUGAAUACAGUUGGCAUAACUGAGCAGGAACAGGAGGCUACAUUUCGGGUUGUUGCUGUUGUACUUCACCUUGGCAACAUAAAUUUUGUUAAAGGGAGAGAUGUGGAUUCAUCUGUAUUAAAGGAUGAGAAAGCUAGGUUCCAUCUGAAUGCAGCAGCAGAGCUCUUGAUGUGUGACUGUGAGAAGCUGGAGAAUGCACUGAUAAAGAGGAAAAUAAAUACACCGGAAGGAGUGAUUACCACAACAGUUGAUCCUAAUUCUGCUACUGUUAGUAGGGAUGGCUUAGCAAAACAAAUAUACUGUAGACUAUUUGACUGGCUUGUAAACAGGCUAAAUGCAUCAAUAGGACAAGAUGCAAGCUCAGAACAUUUAAUUGGGGUGCUUGACAUAUAUGGUUUUGAAAGUUUCAAGACUAACAGCUUUGAACAAUUAUGCAUCAAUUUCACCAACGAAAAACUACAACAGCAUUUUAAUCAGAAUGUCUUCAAAAUGGAGCAGGAAGAGUAUAAUAGAGAGCAGAUCGACUGGAGUUACAUAGAAUUUGUUGACAACCAAGAUGUGCUGGACUUGAUCGAGCGGAAACCUGGUGGGAUUAUUGCACUUCUUGAUGAAGCUUGUAUGUUCCCGAAAUGCACGCAUGAAUCAUUUUGUCAGAAGCUGUAUGAGAAGUUCAAGAACAACAAAAGGUUUAGCAAACCAAAGCUUUCUCGUACUGCAUUUACAAUCCAACAUUACGCGGGAGAUGUAACAUAUCAGUCUGAUCAUUUCCUGGACAAAAACAGAGAUUAUGUGGUGGUAGAACAUGAAGAAUUGCUUAAUGCUUCCAAGUGUUCCUUUGUGUCAGGGUUAUUCCCAUCAGUACCAGAGGAGAACACAAAAUCCUCAAAGUCAUCAAUUGCUAAUCGCUUUAAGGGGCAACUCCACGAACUAAUGGAGACUUUGAGUUCUACAGAACCUCACUACAUUAGAUGUGUUAAGCCCAAUAAUCUUCUCAAGCCUGCUACUUUUGAGAACAUCAACGUUCUGCAGCAACUUCGAUGUUCGGGUGUUCUUGAAGCUAUCAGAAUCAGCUGUGCUGGAUACCCUACACGAAAAUUAUUUCGUGAUUUUCUUCACCGGUUUCACAUCCUUGCGCCUGAACUUUCGAAAGGAAGAACCGAUGAAAAAGUAAUCUGCCAAAAGAUUUUGGACAAAAUGGGACUCCAGGGUUAUCAGAUAGGAAGAACUAAGGUUUUCUUGAGAGCUGGUCAGAUGGCUGAACUGGAUGCUAGAAGAACUGAAGUCCGAAGCAAAGCAGCUAGAGCUGUUCAGAGUAGAUUUCGCACUCAUGUUGCUCGUCAGAGAUUCCUUAUAGUGCGCAACAAAUCUGUAGAUAUGCAAUCUAUUGUUAGAGCAUUAUUGGCUUUUAAGCAACGUGUAUUCCUGAGAAAGCAAGCUUCGGCCUUGACAAUACAGAAAAGUGUCCGCUGCUAUUUUGCUUUGAAGUCUUAUUCUGAAUUGCGACGUUCAGCCAUUACGUUGCAGACAGGAUUGAGGGCUUUUGGUGCUUACAAGGAAUAUGUUCUCAAAAAACAGGAGAAAGCUUCUAUCAAUAUCCAGGCUCGAUGGCGUUGUCACAGAGAUAAUUCAAAUUAUCUUAAACUGAAGAGAUCAGUAUUGAUUUAUCAGUGUGCAUGGCGAAGACGCGUCGCUAGAGCAGAACUCAGAAAGCUCAAAAUGGCUGCAAGAGAUACAGAAGCUCUGAAGGUGGAGAAGGAGAAACUUGAGGAACAGGUGGAAGAGCUAACAAACCGUUUAGGUUUGGAAAAGAAACUACGGACUGAUUUAGAGAAGAACAAAGCAGGAGAAAUUGCCAAAUUACAGGCUGCCCUGUGUGAGAUGGAGCAUCGAGUAGAAGAAGCCACCUCAAUGCAGGAAAGAGAAUCGGCCAAAAGGGCUGUUGAAGAAGCUCUAGCUCAAGAAAGAGAAAAAAUCAGUAUAUUGACUAAUGAAGUUGAAGAGAUGAAGGGACUACUAUCAAGAGAGCGAGAAGAAAACAUUGCAACAAAGAGUGAACUUUCCAUCGCUCAGGAAAGAUGUGAAGACCUGAAUAGGAAAAUCGAGGUUGCGGAUGAAAACAUCAAGCAGCUUCGAGAUACUGGCAAAAGAUUUGAAGAGAAUGUGAUAGAACUGGAGUCAUCACUGAUGAUGGAGAAGCAACAUAUCGAAGCAACCAGAAGGGAACUUGGUGAAGCACACCAGAGAAUUGAAGAACUACUGGGACAAGUUGUAGAUGCUAAUGGAAAAUCCGCAGUGCUUCAGACUACCGUGCAAAGGCUGGAAGAAAGUCUAACUGAGAGAGAGGGCACUCUGCUUUUGGAAAGGCAAGAAAGCGAGGCAAUCAAGAAAUUACUUACCGAAGCUCGUGGAGAAAAUGAGGAAUUGGUCCAUAAUAUUGAAGUUGCUGAAAGGGACAUUGCUAAGUUUCAAAACAAUAUUGAAAGAUUUGAAGAAACUACAAGAACAUUGGAGACUUCAUUGCUAGCUGAAAAGCAACAUAGUACUGGAAUCAUGUCCCAAUUAGCUGAAACAAAGGAGGAAAUUGGAGAACUGCAAACGAAGUUUACAGAUGCCAGUAGGACAAAUGAUAUGCUUCAAGAUUCUUUGAAGAGAUUUGAAGAAAAUGCAACCACAAAGGAUGCCUUGUACGUAGCAGAAAAGCAAGAGCAUGAUCAAACCAAACAGGCACUUUCUAACUAUCAGGAGAAAAACUGGGAAUUGCUUAAGAAAGUCGACGAAUCUGAGAAAAGUAUAAAUAAGCUGCUGGAGAAUGUUCAGAGACUUGAGAAACAUGCAACAUCAAGGGAGUCAUUGCUACUGAAGACCAAGCAAAAUCAGGACUGCACCACAAAAGCACUAGCUGAAGCUGAAAAGAGAAACCGAGAGUUAAUGAAAAGCUUUGAAGAUUCAGAUAAGAAAAUUAGUCUGCUUGAGGAUUCAGUUAACAGACUAGAAGAAUGCACCGCAGAGAAAGACUCUCAAUUGAUAAUAGAAAGACAAGAAAACAGCUCUACCAAGGAAGAACUAGCCAAUGCCCAGAAAAGGAUAAAAGAAUUAGUAAACGAGUUACAACAUUGCCAAGAAACCAGAAAACAACUCGAAGAUAUCAUUAAGAGACUUGAACAAGAUGCUACUACCAGAGAUGCUUUAUUGGUAUCAGAAAAACAAACACAUGAGGCGACCAAGAACACUCUGACUGAAACUUUGGGGAGAAAUGAAGAGUUAAUCAAGAAAAUUCAGGAUUCUGAUAAGCAUAAUCUUCAGCUUCAGCUAACUGUUGAGAGACUUCAAGAAAAUGCAUCUACAAAGGAAGCUUUACUGUUGAGGGAACGAGAGCAAAACAAUGCAACAGUGAAGGCACAAGAAGAAAGUCAAGAAAGAAAUUCUCAGUUAAUAAAGAAAUUUGAGGACGUUGACAAGAAAAUUGAUCUUCUUCAAGGCACCAUACAAAGGCUUGGUGAUCAUACAGAGAAAGACACUUUGCUGCUAUCUGAGAGACGAGAGAAGGAUGAAUUGAAGAAAGCACUCACUGAGACUGAACACAAAAACGAAGAUUUAAUGAUAAAGAUUGGUGAAACCAACAAAAAGAUUGAGCAUCUGCAAAACACUAUACAUAUGCUUGAACAAGACAUAGCAGCAAAAGUUGCUUCUUUGGAAGCUGAAAAACAAGAAAAUGAUUCAAUUAGGAAAUCUCUUGUUGAAGCUCAGGAGAGAAAUGAUGAGCUAUUUAAGAAAGUUAGAGACAGUGAAUACAAGGCCCACCAGCUUCAAGAUACUGUGCAAAAGCUUCAAGUAGAUGCCAUAUCAAGACUGUCUUCCUUUGUACUGGAGAAACAAGAAAGUGAUGCUGUGAAGAAAGCGCUCAAUGAGGCUCGUGGAAGAAAUGAAGAUCUAAUAAGGAGAAAUGAAGACCUCCUCGAUAGAAAUGAUGACCUUAUCACAAAAAUGGAAGAUUCCGCUAGAACUGUUACUCAGCUUCAGGAGACCGUACAAAGGUUAGAAGGAAAAGCAGCUAACUUAGAGGCUGAAAAUCACGCUCUUCGUCAGCAAUCGAUUGCGACGACUCCAUCUACUGCCAAAUCUCAAGCUGCAUACUCAGCCGCGACUCCAUCUACCGCCAAAUCUCAAGCUGCAUACUCAAAAAUCAAUGCAUUUCAACAGAGAAGUCCAGAAAAUGGUCAUAUUUCAAAUGGCACCAUACCAUAUGCUGAAACCAAGUCGUCGAUUGGUCCAGCAGAAUCAAGACCCUAUAUGGGCUCUGCCCCUGAUUUGACUACCUACAAGGACUAUGAUAAUGGGGAGAAAAUGCAAAGGGUACUCAGUGAAGCAUAUCAGCGUCAGCAGCCCCAGGAUGAUCAGAAGUUAUUACUUAAGUACAUUACCCAACAUCUUGGGUUCUCCGGGAGCAAACCUGUUGCUGCUCUUCUUAUAUACCAAUAUCUUCUUCAGUCGAGAUCGUUUGAAGUUGCAAAAACAGGUGUCUUUGACAGUAUCCUACAAGCUAUAAACUCAGCAACAGAGGUUCAACAUGAUACAAGAAGCUUGGCCUAUUGGUUAUCAAACUUGUCAACGUUAUCAGUUCUCCUGCAGCGCUCUUUCAGAACCACUAGGGCGGCAACCUCAACUCCAUACAGACGGAAAAUUUCGUACGACAGGAUUUUUCAAGCUAGUCAAGCGUCAAAUAGUGGGCUUGCUUAUUUCAGUGGUCAAUCGUUGGAUGAACCUAGUGGAGCUCAUCAAAUUGAUGCAAAAUAUCCGGCUCUGCUCUUCAAGCAGCAGCUCGUGGAUCUGAUUGAAAAGGUGUAUGGCUUGAUAAGUGACAAACUGAAGAAGGAACUAAAUCCAUUACUUGAGCUGUGCAUUCAGGAUCCAAGAACUUCCCAAGCAAAGGCCUCAACUGCUAGUGGCUUGGGCCAACACAACCAACUUACACAUUGGCUGGGCAUCGUGAAAAUCCUCAACAACUACUUGUAUCUGCUAAUAGCCAACCAUGUCCCAACAAUUUUGGUCCACAAGUUGCUAACCCAAAUAUUUUCUAUGGUGAACGUGCAGUUAUUUAACAGACUCCUUUUACGACGUGAGUGCUGUUCAUUUACCAACGGUGAACAUAUAAGAGCUGGAUUAGCUCAAUUAAAACAUUGGUGCAAUGAUGUUGCUCAAGAGCUUGCAGAUUCAGCCUGGGAAGCACUGAGGCAUAUAAGACAAGCGGCUGAUUUCCUGGUCAUUUCCCUCAAACCAAUAAGGACAUGGAGAGAGAUACGCAAUGAUGUUUGUCCGGCUCUUAGCUUACAGCAGCUAGAAAGAAUAGUUGGUAUGUACUGGGACGACAUGAACGGCACAAACAUAAUCUCGGCAGAGUUCACAUCAAGCAUGAGAGCAACGAUGCAUGAAGAAUCUAAAAGCCUCUCCAGCUUUUCAGUCCUGCUGGAUGAUGAUUCCAGCAUACCCUUUUCGCUUGAUGACAUCGCUAAGUCGAUGCCGAACAUUGAGGAGACGGUGGAGAGUGAUCUGCUGCCCUUUAUUCAUGAAAACCAAAUCCUUUCAUUUAUAUUGCAAAGGAGGGAAUGAGUAGCUCUCUCGCCGUCAAGCCUUACCGGGAAUGAGUAGUUCUCUCUUUGUGGAGCUCCUCCGGAAAUGAGUAGGAGUGUAUCUGCUGUAGGCUGUACAUAUUCUUUGUAUAUUCUAGUUGUAUAGUAGAUAGGAAGCUAUGCAAUGUAAGAGAAUUCUCACCUCUAAAGUUGGUUAAGCAAUUGCGCUUCUCCUCCCUAGGUAUCUUUGCCUACACCAAUCACUUUUGCAUU